AUGUAUGCGUAUUUUUCAAACGAUCCCACCCUGUUGGACGAAACAAAUUUUCUGGGUUUCAAGUUCGUACCAUCUAUUGAAAGUGUCACUGUCAGUUAUCCAUUUUUACCGGCUCAUCCCGAACAAUUAGUCAACGAUACACCUCCAGUACCCGUAAUUAUUGGACUUAACGAUAUGGAAGGAAUAAUAGCAUUACAUGAGUACAGAUUAAGUCAAUGGUCUGAUGAUCGCAUAACAGAUGAAAUAUCAAAACUGUGUAAAAAUCGGUACAGCACUGAAGUCAUAACUAAAAUAAAAGAUUUUUAUUUCAAUAAAUGUAAUAUUGAAUCUGAAACAACAAAAUUGGAACACAUAUGUCACCUGCACAGUGACGUAUUAUUUGUCAAAGACUUCUAUCGCAGCUUCAAUAAUUUCUUGAAACAAGACGUCGUACCGGUUUACAAAUACGAAUUCAAAUUCGACGGUAAACUUAACGCUGUCAAAAACAUGGUUUUGGCCACGAGACCCGUGCUUCGGCACUCCAUUAAAGGCGCAUGCCAUGAGGACGAUGUUAAUUAUUUGUUCCAUUGUAAACUAUCUGGGGUCGUUCCAAAACCCAACUCUCCGGAACUCGAAAUGUGUAAGAUUAUGGGUAAGAUGUGGUCCAAUUUCGCAAAAUCUGGUGAUCCAAAUUCGUCGGAUUUAAGUUUCAAAUGGGUUAACGCGAGCGCAAGUGAUCCAAAAUACCUGUCAAUAGAUGGAGACAGGACACGGAUGGUCGAAGGAAUGAUAAACAGCAACAGAUUACGUCUUUGGCAAGAGAUAUCGGAAUCCGUUGUUUAG